GAACCCCAGAAUUUAACAGGUGUCUUGGAAUUCCUCCUCCUGGGGUUCUCAGAUGAUCCGGAACUGCAGCCUGUAAUCUUCAGCUUGUUCCUGUCCAUGUAUCUGGUCACCAUGCUAGGGAAUCUACUGAUCAUCCUGGCUGUCAGCUCUGACUCCCAUCUUCACACCCCCAUGUACUUGUUCCUCUCCAUCCUGUCCCUGGCUGACAUCGGCUUCACUUCUACCACAGUCCCAAAGGUGAUUUUGGACAUUAAAACUCAUAACAGAGUUAUUUCUCAUAUGGGCUGCCUGAUUCAGUUGUCUUUUUUUAUUCUUUUUGGAUGUUUGGACAGUGUACUCUUAACCGUGAUGGCCUAUGAUCGGUUUGUAGCUAUUUGUUAUCCUCUGCACUACCCAGUCAUCAUGAACCCCCGCCUCUGUAGCCUACUCAUUCUGGUGUCUUUUUUGAUCAGCCUUCUGGACUCUCAGCUUCACUGCCUCAUGAUGUCACAGCUUAACUUUUGCAUAAAUGUGGAAAUUCCUCAUUUCUUCUGUGACAUUCCUCAGCUCCUCAGACUUUCCUGUAAUGGUACUUCCACUAAUAAAUUAUUCCUGUAUUUUAUUGGUGCCAUCUUUGGUGGUAUUCCAGUCUCAGGGAUCCUUUUCUCUUAUACACGAAUUGUUUCUUCCAUUCUGAGAGUCCCAUCCACAGGUGGGAAGUACAAAGCCUUCUCCACCUGUGGCUCUCACCUGUCAGUUGUUUGCUUAUUUUAUGGAACAGGUCUUGGGGUGUACCUCAGUUCAGCUGUCUCACAUUCUUCCAGGAAAGAUGCAGUGACCUCAGUAAUGUAUGCUUUAGUUGUUCCCAUGCUGAAUCCCUUCAUUUACAGCCUGCGGAAUGGGGAUGUCAAGAGGGCUUUGCAGAGGCUCCUCAACAGAACAGUCUAG